UGAGCAUACUAUUUUCAAGAACUUGGAUUUUGCCAAUAGUCAUUAAGUCAUGGCAGAAGGCAAAGCGAUGUGCAAUGCUGCUCCAUUUAAAUUCACAUGGAGAAUUAACGAGUUUUCCAAAAAGACAGAAAAAGUGUAUUCAGAAGAUUUCUCUGCUGGUGGUUGUAAAUGGCGUUUGGCUAUUUACCCCAAAGGAAACAAUGUGAAUUAUUUGUCAAUAUACCUGGAAGUUGCUUAUCGAAAAAAUUUGCCGGAAGGAUGGAGUACGGAAGUAAAAUUUAGCUUGGCAGUUGUUAAUCAAAUCAAUAGCAGGUCCACAGUCAGAAAAGAUACACAAAAACAAAUUGUAUUCAACGCAUCGGGAAUGAAUUGGAGUUGGGGUUUCGCAUCUUUCAUUCCUCUUAGCAAAUUAAAAAAUCCUUCAGAAGGGUAUCUUGUGGGAGAUAGCCUUAUGGUUGAAGCUGAGGUUCUUGUUUAUAAUGUCCAGCAAUACAGCUCAAGGGUUUACACUGAGGAGGAAGUUGCUAGAAAUGAAUCCGAGCCAGCGGCUGCAACUGCAUCUCCUUUAUCACAAAAGGCUACUGAAGCAAAGGUUUUUAUUACAUUUUUAACCCUAUUAAUAGUAGAGCUUGUUUAUUUGUGA